AAGCGGACUGAUUUCACGGUUACACGCGUACCUGUGCUUCCUGUAGGAGACUUGGACGCGGUGGUUAAGCACUUUGUGGUCAUGUUUAAGAAUGUUUUGAGCAGAUUGCUGACUGAAACCUUCUUUGUUGAGCGUAAUGUGAGAAAUACGCCGUUAUUACGGAGGGUAGCUGCCGUCUCCGCGCCGGUGAGGAGCUUUACGGACGUGAAGGACGAAGCGCAGCCGCCUUUCGACGCCGCCCUGCUGGAGGUCCUCGUAUGUCCGCUGUCCAAGAAACCGCUCAGAUACGAGCCUAAGACCAACGAGCUGAUCAACGAGGAGCUCGGCAUUGCCUAUCCCAUCAUCGACGGCAUUCCCAACAUGAUCCCUCAGGAGGCCAGACUCAUUCGGAAAGAUGCUUCAGACACACCUGCACAGUAAC